UGCACUUUUUGCCUAUUUCCUCUCCCAUUUCUCUCUUUCCCCUCAAUCCAGUCCCCUGCAAAACUAUCCACGCCCCCUCUCUCCCUCUCUCACACGCAGAAGAUCAAAAACCAUCUCCCACUCUCUGGUCUGCAGCAGCACACCCUCCGAGAUGUGGCGGUGCGUUCGUGGCCUGCGAGCAUCAAGGAACCUGCGAUCCGGCGCCUCCAGGCUCUUCUCCUCCACCUCGACUUCAGGAAGCUCCCCAUACACCAUAGUAGAUCAUACAUAUGAUGCAGUUGUUGUGGGAGCAGGAGGUGCUGGCCUGAGAGCAGCGAUCGGACUCUCUGAACAUGGUUUUAACACAGCCUGCAUCACCAAGCUCUUCCCUACUCGCUCACAUACAGUGGCUGCCCAGGGUGGUAUAAAUGCUGCGCUUGGGAAUAUGACCGAAGAUGAUUGGAGGUGGCACAUGUAUGAUACUGUGAAGGGGAGUGACUGGCUAGGUGAUCAAGACGCGAUUCAAUACAUGUGUAGGGAGGCACCGGAAGCAGUGAUUGAGCUUGAGAAUUAUGGUUUACCAUUUUCUCGAACUGAAGAUGGAAAGAUAUAUCAGCGUGCAUUUGGUGGUCAGAGCCUUAACUUUGGAAAAGGUGGACAAGCAUAUCGUUGCGCGUGUGCAGCUGACAGAACGGGGCAUGCAUUGCUGCAUACUCUUUAUGGUCAGGCUAUGAAGCACAAUACACAAUUCUUUGUGGAGUACUUUGCGCUGGAUCUAUUGCUGAAUAGUGAUGGUAGCUGUCAAGGAGUAAUUGCACUAAAUAUGGAGGAUGGCACACUACAUCGAUUCCAUGCCUCGUCAACAAUUCUUGCUACCGGGGGUUACGGUAGAACAUACUUUUCUGCAACCUCAGCUCAUACAUGCACCGGGGAUGGCAAUGCAAUGGUUGCACGUGCUGGCCUGCCUCUUCAGGAUCUGGAGUUUGUCCAGUUUCAUCCAACAGGAAUAUAUGGUGCUGGGUGCCUCAUUACUGAAGGUUCUAGGGGUGAAGGUGGUAUUCUCAGGAACAGUGAGGGUGAGAGGUUCAUGGAACGUUAUGCCCCUACAGCCAAGGAUCUUGCCUCAAGAGAUGUUGUCUCAAGGUCCAUGACAAUGGAGAUACGGGAAGGUCGUGGUGUAGGACCUCUGAAGGACCACAUAUAUCUUCAUUUGAAUCACUUGCCUCCUGAUGUACUUAAGGAGCGGCUUCCUGGUAUCUCAGAAACUGCUGCUAUUUUUGCCGGUGUGGAUGUGACAAAAGAGCCUAUCCCUGUCUUACCAACUGUGCAUUAUAAUAUGGGUGGAAUUCCAACGAAUUACCAUGGCGAGGUUGUUACCAUCAAAGGUAAUGAUCCAGAUGCAGUAGUUCCUGGACUGAUGGCUGCUGGAGAGGCAGCAUGUGCAUCCGUUCAUGGUGCUAACCGUCUCGGUGCAAAUUCUCUCCUGGACAUUGUUGUUUUCGGACGAGCUUGUGCUAAUAGGGUUGCAGAGAUUCAGAGGCCAGGUGAGAAACAAAAACCACUGGAGAAAGAUGCCGGCGAGAAAACCAUCGCUUGGCUGGACAAGCUUAGGAAUUCCAAUGGCUCACUUCCAACUUCAAAGAUCCGGCUAAAUAUGCAACGAGUGAUGCAAAACAAUGCUGCAGUCUUUCGUACACAAGAGACGUUAGAGGAAGGUUGUCAGUUGAUUGACAAGGCAUGGGAGAGUUUCCAUGAUGUUAAAUUGAAAGACAGGACUUUGAUAUGGAACUCUGACUUGAUUGAAACCUUGGAGCUGGAAAACCUUUUGAUUAAUGCCUGCAUCACAAUGCACUCUGCUGAAGCAAGGAAAGAGAGUAGAGGAGCACAUGCCCGUGAAGAUUUUACGACAAGGGAUGACGCUAACUGGAUGAAGCACACAUUAGGAUACUGGGAGAACGAGAAGGUCCGGCUAGACUACAGGCCUGUCCACAUGAACACAUUGGACGAUGAAGUCGAAUCAUUCCCUCCGAAAGCUCGUGUGUACUAGAUAUAUGCUCAUUCAGCAGAUGGGAGGAUGGUUGAUUUUUGUUCACAUGGAUGCAAUAACUCAGUCCUACAAGCGUAAAAAUGAUCGGACUGAAAUAAACAGUUACGGGGUGAGCGUUUUUCCGGAAAUAAUUGCCGCAUCCAUACGUGUUUCAAAACUGAUGAUUUAUGAGAAUAAUCAGAAUCUGAGGGCUGGAAACAUUCUUAUGGUAGAUAGUUUCUCGGUGAUUGCUUAUUCUGCGAUGUUUUGAUUUUUGAGUGCUGGUUUGGUUUCUUCCCCUGGACCUGGCCUCUUUUAUUAUUCUUAAUAACACUCGGUUUGGUUAGGAUA